GCCGCGCUAUCUAUGCCAAUUUAUCCUCCCGGCCCAGAUCCAGCAACUACUGACAACUACGUUGAUCGAAGUCACGGCGACGUGGACUUAUUGGCCUUAUUGCGGGGAAGCGAGUCAAGCGAGUCGUCGACGUCGGUAUUGACAAUCACGAGGGGAAACGUCGACUGUCAUCGUCGAAUUGAAUUUCGCGCGUUCGUUCCUGAUUGCGACGCGGCCGGCUCUCGUUCCUCCCGUUCUGCCCUGUUCUGCCCGUUCACCGACCGAUCGACCGGGACCACGCGGCAUGGCCACACUCCUCCACAGUGCACCUUCCUGCCGCGCGCAAUCCAGUUCUCCGCACCUCUGACAGCCAGCAUGCAGUACGGGACAUCGGAUUGACAUCGACGGGACG